UGGCUCACUUUUUGCAAUGGAGACUCCUAUAGUUAAUAACAUAAAAGGAGUUAUUUUUGAUGUUGGAGGAGUCCUUAUAUCAUCUCCCGUGGUGCAUAUACAAGAAUACGAAUCAGAAUUAAACCUGCCAAAAGGUGCCCUCACUCUUGCCUUUAUCUAUGGCUCCCCUAAUAACGCUUUCUGUAGACUGGAGAGAGGAGAGAUAAAACUCAGACAAUUUUGUAGAGAGUUUGAAGCAGAGUGUCAAGAACUGAUCAAGAGCCGUUUAGACAGGGACUUACCAGGAGAGUUCUCUGCAGCAGAACUGUUCAGACGUUUUACAGGUAACAGAACCAAAGUGAACCAGGAAAUGAUCAAACUGUUGAAAAGCAUCAAGACAUCAGGUCUUAAAGUAGGAGUUGUUACUAAUAAUUGGAUUGAUGACAUAAACCCAGAUCCUGAUCAUCCACUAUUAAGAGAGAUAUCACCAUUUGUAGAUGCCACCAUACAAUCCUGUCGGGUUGGAAUCAGAAAACCAGACAAGGACAUUUACUUGCUGGCUUGUCGUGAGCUAGGACUAAAACCAAACGAAGUUGUGUUUCUUGAUGAUCUUGGAAUGAAUCUGAAGACUGCCAGAGAGUUAGGAAUGAGAAUGAUACUAGUUAAAGACAUACCAGCUGCAGUGGCUCAAUUAAAAAAGACUUUGCAGAAUGAAACCUCUAAGAACACCACUAGCAAAUUAUAGCCUUAAUCUUAGUUGUAUUUUUAAAUUAAAAAGAUUAAUCAAAAUGGAA